AACAACACAUCUGAUUUGAAUAAGACAUGUCAGCUCAAACACUGAUCUUAGUGAGAUUAGAAAUGUCUGAGAGUACCUACAAUCUAGAGAAAGCAUGCUCCUGAUCACUUCAAAUAAAUAACAUGACUAAUCGUUUGCAUCGUUUUCAUCGACCUGCGGAAGAGAACCUUUGUAACCGCUGUGGGACAAAUAAAGUUUUCUAAACCACGUGAUCAACACUGUCAUGGCUGCGCCCUCGUGUCAUGCGUGGUUGUCAUCAUUCCUAACAAUAUUUUGACUUACAAAAUACACAGCCAGUCCAGUUGGAUCGCGUCUGCACGUAGCUGCCAGCUCACUUCACACACAACGCCACGCGUUUCAGGGAGGCCAUUCAACAUAUUGGCGUGACUCUGAAUAUAUUUGUACGAAAAUGAAGAUAAAGAAGAUGAAGCCCGGAAACAAGGUCAUGUCCUCGGCGCUGAUCAUGAAACGAGCCAAACGGAGCAUCCACUUGAAGAGUAAAUGGAAAGCUAUAGAUCUCGACCCCAGUCUCUUCUCCGAGGAGGGAUUGGAGGGUCUGGUCUGCUUUGAAGAGCUGACAGAUUACCGGCUGGUAGACUCUGAGAAAGCUGAAGCCAAAGCAGCAAAGGAACUCGAAAAGAAGAAGGAGAGGGAGAAGAAGAAGAAGGAGAAGAUUAAGAAGAAGAAGCAGCAAACGAAGAAGAGAAAAUCCAGCGAGGGAGAGGAGGCUGAAGUGAAGGUAGAUGUGGAAAGCAAAGAGGAACAACAGAAAACAGCCGAACCAGCCAAGAAAAAAGCCAAAACGAAGAAAAAUAAGAAACUGGCUGCACAGGAAUCGGACCAAGCAGAGAAGACUGCUGAAGAAGUGACACAGAAGGAUGUCGCUGCAGGUGAGGAGGGAGGAGAAGAUGAAAGGCCUAAAGAAGUAGCCUCUAAAGAUACAGCUAUUAUUCCAGAACCCGAUGCCCAAUUAAAACUCACAAAGAAUAGCAACAAAAAGAAGAAGAAGAAACAGAAACAGAAGAGGCAGAUGAAAAAAGAUAAAACCCUAGAGGCAGAGCCAAACCAGUCUACAUCAGAACUUCAGGCUGUGGAAAAAGAAAAACCCACUCAAGAUAAAGUCACAAAGCCCCCUAAAACCAAAAAGCAGAUAAAGAAUUGGACAAAUGCAGCUGGAUCUGGCUCCAGUGACAAAAAUGCAGAUGUGAGUGCCUGGAAGGACCUGUUCGUCCCCUCCCCUGUGUUAAAGGCACUGAGCAGUCUUGGAUUUGGCUCACCAAGUCCCAUACAAGCCCUGACUUUGCCUCCAGCUAUCAGGGAUCGUAUGGAUAUACUGGGGGCGGCUGAGACAGGAAGUGGGAAGACACUGGCUUUUGGUAUUCCCAUGAUCCACACCAUCCUGGAGUGGAAGAACAGUUCAGAAAAGCCGGCGGAUGACAACACCGAAUCAACCCCGAUGGUGGAGAGUUUGUAUUUACCAGCUUUAGAUAAGUCCACAGUAGAAGAAGACAUGGAGGACAAUGUGGACGCUGAGGGAGAAGAGAGUGAAAGCGUCGCAGAGCAGGAUCAAGGUGACACAGAUGAACAGGACAGCGAAGACGACAGUGAAGAAAAAUAUGACGAUGAGAGGCUCGGCUGUGUAAAAGUAAUCGAAAAUGCAGAUUUUGACUUUGACCCCACCGCUGAAGCAGAAGAAGAACCUGCUGGUGGUCGCAGUCAGCCUCUGCUUGGACUGGUGCUCUGUCCCACCAGGGAGCUGGCUGUUCAGGUCAAGCACCAUAUUGAUGCUGUAGCAAAAUUUACAGACAUCAAAACGGCGAUAUUGGUGGGUGGAAUGGCACAACAGAAACAACGAAGGAUGCUGAAGAGAAGACCAGAAAUCGUUAUUGCAACUCCAGGACGUCUUUGGGACUUGAUCCAGGAGAAGCAUCCACAUCUAACGAAUUUAAGAAAGCUCCGGUGCCUGGUCAUCGAUGAAGCAGAUCGCAUGGUAGAGAGAGGCCACUUUGCAGAGCUGGAGAGUCUGCUGGAGAUGCUUAACACCGUUGAAUUUAAUCCCAAGAGGCAGACCUUUGUGUUCUCCGCCACACUGACCAUGGCUCGCAGCCUGCCCACCCGCGUUCUGCAGAAGAAGAAGAAGAACGUGGACCAGAGGAGCAUGCUGGAAGUUCUCAUGCAGAAAGUGGGGAUCAAGUCCAAACCUAAAAUCAUUGACCUUACCAGGAAAGAGGCAACUGUGGAGACCCUGACGGAGACCCGAAUCCAUUGUCAGAAGGAAGAGAAGGACUUCUACCUUUACUACUUCAUGCUCCAGUAUCCUGGCCGCACCAUGGUGUUUGCCAACAGCAUAGACUGCAUCAAGAGACUGAACUCUCUGCUGGUUAUCUUGGACUGCACUCCACUUCCCCUUCAUGCCAACAUGCAUCAGAAACAACGCCUCAAAAACCUGGAAAGGUUUGCUGAGAGGGAGAGUUGUGUUCUGCUGACUACUGAUGUGGCAGCUAGAGGACUGGAUAUCCCAAAUGUUGAGCAUGUCAUUCACUACCAGGUUCCCAGGACGUCUGAGACUUACGUCCAUCGGAGCGGCAGAACAGCGAGAGCCACCAAAGAGGGUCUUAGUUUGCUGCUAAUGGGACCAGAUGACAUGAUGAACUUCAAAAAGAUCUACAAGGCUCUUGGGAAGGACGAGGACCUUCCCAUGUUCCCCAUAGAGAUCAAAUGCAUGGAAGCCAUCAAGGAUCGGGUAAACUUGGCCAGACAGAUAGAGAAGAUUGAGUUCCACAACAGCAGGGAGAAGCAACACAACUCCUGGUUCAAACAAGCAGCAGAGGCCCUUGAGGUCGACCUGGAUGAGGAUCUUUUAAUCGGCGGGGUAAAGGAUGAAUACGAUGACAAAGAGCAGCAGAGGAUGGUGAAGGGGAUGAAAAAGCAUUUGAAGCAUCUGAUCGACCAGCCUGUUUUCAAGAAUGAUAUUAAGACCAAGUACCCCACUCAGAUGGGAAAGCUGUCCCUGCCUAACAUGCCUCUAUCUGGGAGGGAAAAUGCCCUCACCAGGGUUUCAAUACAGGAGAAGAAACGGAAGUUAAAGAAAAGUGUUGCACAACAGCAGAAAAAAAAGCAGCAGCAGUGA